AUGCCAUGGGGUCAUGUUCGAGAAAAUCUUGGUCCAUGUGCUAUAUGUAGUACUCAAAAAGACGAUCAAAUAUAUAAAAAAUUAACAAAUUGGGCUGUAGAAAAAGCUAAUCAAAGUCCUAAUAAUUCUUUUUUACAAUUUAUAUUUAAAGAAAAUGACCAGUUAUGUAUAAAGCAUUAUAACGAAUUUGUGAUUCAUGACAGAAAUAAUAGAAAAUCAAAAAGAAAAAAGAAAAAUCAAGAUUCGUCAUAUCAUAAUACUACACCAAGAAAAAAAAUAUGCGUUGAAUUAAAUGAAUAUGAAGAACUUUUAAAUAUUUCUAAAGAAAUAAAUAUUUUAAAAGAACAAAUUAGUAUUUUAAAUACUGAAAAAGAUGAAUCAA